CGGAAGUUCGCUCUUUCUUGCGGGGGAAGUUGCCGGAGGCUGUGAGCAGCCAUGCCCGUCGCCCGGUCGUGGGUGUGCAGCAAGACCUACGUCGCUCCGCGGCGUCCCUUCGAGAAGUCUCGCCUUGACCAGGAGCUCAAGCUAAUUGGUGAAUAUGGUCUUCGGAACAAGCGAGAGGUGUGGCGGGUGAAGUUCACCCUCGCCAAGAUCCGCAAGGCUGCCCGUGAACUGCUGACCCUUGACGAGAAGGAUCCUAAGCGUCUGUUUGAGGGUAAUGCCCUCCUGCGCCGGCUGGUGCGAAUCGGGGUCUUGGACGAGAGCAAGAUGAAGCUGGAUUAUAUCCUCGGCCUGAAGAUCGAGGACUUCUUGGAGCGUCGGCUGCAGACUCAGGUCUUCAAACUGGGUCUGGCAAAGUCCAUUCAUCACGCCCGGGUGCUGAUCCGUCAGCGACACAUCAGGGUCCGUAAACAGGUGGUGAACAUCCCCUCCUACAUUGUCCGUCUGGACUCCCAGAAGCACAUAGACUUCUCCCUACGCUCGCCCUACGGAGGGGGCAGACCCGGCCGCGUGAAGCGCAAGAAUGCCAAGAAGGCACAAGGAGGUGGUGGGGCCGCGGAUGACGAGGAGGAGGACUGAGCAUCUCGCUCUUUGUUGCCCAAAUUUUCGGUGGCACCAAUAAAUGUCUGUUAAUCAUCA